CCGUAAUCACGACACUCGGGUAAGCUCACAACUACAAAAGAACAUUGAAACGGUAACAUGAAUCGCUCGCGAGAGGAGGUUUGACCAGAGGUCUGAACAAUUCUCGUCGCAUCCAGCUCCACAACGUUUCAUAAGAUAUCAUAGCCCUUUACAUGUGCGAAAGACCGAUUACACAGCGAGAUUGGAGGCAUUCCUGCGUGCGCCGAGAUCCGACACUUCGAAGACGAGCUGUUCUUGGCAGAUUUGAGUCAUUGACCAAGCUCCACGGUCCGUGAACUUAGACUGGCGUGCUGUAUGACUCAAAUGACGGGAUGAACGGGGGCCAACAUGCAAAAGCAGCGAGGACGACGGGCUGAAGUAGCAGUUCUCAGAUUCGGAGAAUCCGCCCGUCCGCGCUUAGCCUUCGGCAUCCCGGAAUUUGAUCCAAGAAUACAAAGGCUCGAUUUAGCAAAGCCACCAAACACUAUGCUCAGUGCCGCCGCAUGAUCAGAGGACUGACUAUGCAUGCAAAGCCAGACUGUCUUUGCGCAGGUGUCAGGCUCGGGAGUCAGGACUUGACGGGCGGGAGUGUAGGAGUUGACAAGACAAGUAGCCGAAGAGCAUUGAGACCGAGAAGUGCAUGGUUGCCUGAUGGCGGCAGAUAGGCUGAGAUUAUGAUAGCGUAACCCAGAGUUAAGACCUGCGGCACAGAGCACUUUUUCGCCAGCCCCGCUGGUCUUGCUAUUUCCUUCAGACGACUGCGCACGACCUGCUUGGCGGUUGAGGAAGAGAGACUAGAUUACGCAAUGCAAACCGUGAUCUUGUCGUGACUCGUGACUGCACACACUUUGUGACCGACGCGCCCUUGAGACUUUCAAGUCCACUGUCACCGCCACUAAAGCAGAGGGCCGAGGCUCUGCUGCCCAUCUGUCGGUCUACGCGCGAUGCCGCUCAUCCAGAUUGAGCUCUGUGACUUCAAGUCCUACCGCGGCCACCAAACGAUCGGCCCAUUCAAAAACUUCACUUCAAUCAUCGGUCCUAAUGGUGCGGGCAAGUCCAACCUCAUGGACGCGAUCUCCUUCGUUCUCGGUAUCAAAAGCGCGCAGCUGCGGAGCUCCCAGCUCAAAGAUCUCGUGUACCGUGGGAGGCGUCUGGGCAAGGCCGGACUAGAUGGUGAAGAGGACGUCGCGGAUGAGGUAGCGGAGGGUGAGAACGACGAGGAGGGUCAAGGGGAAGGCACAGCGAAGAAAGCUUGGGUCAUGGCGCUAUAUGUUGACUCAGAUGGAAAGGAGUGGAGGUUUCAGCGAACAAUAUCUACCACGGGCGCGUCCGAGUACAAGAUCAACACAAAGGUCGUCACAUAUAACGUGUAUAAUGACGCGCUCAAGUCUCACAAUAUCCUGGUCAAAGCCAAGAACUUCCUCGUGUUCCAAGGCGACGUCGAAGCCGUCGCGUCGCAAUCUUCCAAAGACCUGGCUCGCCUCAUAGAGCAAAUUAGCGGGAGUUUGGAGCUGGCGCCGGAGUAUGAGAAGGCAAAAGAGGGACUGGACCGCGCGACAGAGAACGCGACCUUCAACUUCACGAAACGUCGUGGCAUCGCGGGGGAGAUCAAGCAAUACAAAGAGCAGAAGAGCGAGGCGGAUAGGUUCGAUGCGCUUUGCCAGGAGCGAGACCAACGCAUCCUAUACCGCAUGCUAUAUAAGCUCUUCCACAUCGAGGAAGCCAUCGAAACCAACGCCCACGACAUACGAGAACAGAACAAGGUUGUCAAAGGAUUGCGAGAAGAGCAAAGAGAGCACGACCGAGCGCUUGAGUCAGCUCGUGCUGACCAGGCCAAGGCCCGUUCUGGUGUCAUGCAACUCGAAAAGAAGAUCAAGAAGGCGGAGAAGCAGCUUGAUGCGAAGCGUCCUGACCUCGUCACCGCUGAAGCCCAGAUUACGCACGCCAAACGCAAGAUGGAGAAUGCAUCCAAGAGUAAGAGGGAGCUUGACAGUCAGAAACAGACCCAGGAGGACAAGAUCAGCAACCGGGAUAAGGAGCUUGCAAGUGUGAGGAAAGCAGUGGCUGCUGCUCAAGAAUCCCAACGCAAAACCUCCCAACGCAAUUUGGCUUUGAAUGAGGAAAGUUUGGUUGAGUAUCGAAACUUGAAAGCUGCAGCCAGUAUUUUGGCCGUCGACGAGCGACAGACACUUGAAUCUCUUACCCGCGAACACAAGACCCUUUCCCGGACCCUCUCUCAGCUCCAAGAGAAGCAAAAGGGUCUAACGGAGAACCGUGAAACUCGCCUCGCUGAUCAGCAGAGCCAGACUUCUCGGAAGAAAGAGUUGGAAGACCGCGUUUCCGAACUGCAGAGGGACUUGACUCGGACGCGUCAAGAGCUUGAAAAUCAACAAUCUGAGCGGACCAAAAUAUCGCAACUGGAAGCUCAAAGCAACGAGCAGCUCCAGCACAUCUACAAUCAGUUGGUUCAAGCUGGCGUGGACAAGCACGAGUCUGAAAAGGAGAUCAAGCUGAAAGAAACUUUAUCGAGUCUCCAGCGGCUGUUCACCGGAGUGCGCGGUCGCGUGGUUGACUUGUGCAAGCCCUCCCAGCGUAAGUAUGAAACGGCUGUUUCUGUGGUGCUGGGAUGGAACAUUGAUGCGAUCGUCGUCGACUCGGAGAAGGUCGCGAUCGAUUGCAUUGAGUACCUGCGCAAUCAACGUCUUGGCCAAGCGACGUUCAUUCCCUUGGAUACCAUCCAGGCCAAGCCGAUCAAUGACAAAUUCCGUGCGCUGCACAAGGGCGCCCGACUUGCCGUUGACGUGAUCCAGUACGAACCGGUGGUGGAACGUGCGAUGCACCAUGUUUGUGGGAAUUCGCUGGUGUGCGACACUAUGGAUGUUGCUCGUUAUGUGUGUUACGACAAGGGGCAGGAGGUGAAAGGUGCCCGCGCUGUGACUUUGGAGGGCACGAUCAUCCACCGGAGCGGAUUGAUUACUGGUGGAAAGAGCAGCCAUAACAGUGGUAAGAAGUGGGACGAGAAAGACGUGGCGGGCUUGCAACGCGCUCGGGACAACUUGAUGACACAGCUGCGCGAUCUGGCUAAGCAGAAGACGAGAGUCAGGACGGACGAUCACCUCUUUGCUGAGAUCUCUCAGCUUGAAUCUGCCUUGACACUGGCGAAAGAUGAUCUGAACGCAUGCAACCUCCGGUUGACCGGCAUUCGCGACGAGCUGAAGCAUAUCGACAAGGAGCUGAAGAAGAACAGCCCCGAGCUGGAAAAGACCCAAAUCACGCACGAUAACCUGGAGGCGCAGAUCACCCGAUUGUCGAAUGUAAUCAACCAGGCAGAACAGUCGACAUUUGCCGCGUUUUGCCGCAAGAUUGAAGUGGAGAACAUCCGAGAGUUCGAAGAACGUCAACUGAAGGUCGCGCAAGAAGAGAGUGAGGUCCGCCUGCGGUUCGAAAACCAGAUGGCCCGAUUGACCCAUCAAAUCGAGUACGAGACUGAUGUUCUGAAACAGCUGAUGGAACGACUAGCCAACGUGGACAAGACUGUCGAUAAGGAGAAGACGAAUCUCGACCAGCACGAGGCCGAGAAGGCAGAGGCGCAGUCGGUCAUCGACGAGUUGGAGAAGACGAUCGCCUCGCUGCGAGAGCAGCUCGCUGGUGCACAGGAGGCGUUGGACGAGAAAUCGAAGAUUGUAGAGCAGGCGAGGAAGACGGGGUCGAAGUCUGGCAAAGCGCUUGACCAGGCUUUGAAAGAGAUCGCGCUGAAGAAUGACGACAUUGAGAAGUCUGCAUUAGAACGGUCCUCGAUUUACCGCAGGUGCCGUUUGGACGAAAUCAAGCUGCCGCUUCUUCAGGGCCACUUGAAGAAUGUGCCAAUGGAGGAGAAUCUACGCGAAGAGGUUGCCAUGGACAUAGAUGACGACGAGGACGGGACUCAACAGCCCCGACGAGUAGCUGACUACGGGAUUGAGGUCGACUUUGCACAGCUCGAUGAUGAAGACCGCGAGGACGGCUCUGCCAAUUCUUUGGCGGAAUUCGACGCCGCGAUUACCAAAAUCACAGAGGAGAUCGAGAAGAUGGCGCCGAACAUGAAGGCGAUUGACCGGUUGGAGGACGUUGAGGCCAAGCUGGUCGACACGGAACGCGAGGCAGACCAGGCUCGCAAAGAAUCCAAGUCUGCGCGGGACGAGUUCAACGACGUCAAGCGCCGCCGAUGCGAGCUGUUCAACAAAGCCUAUAACCAUAUCUCGGAUCACAUCGACCAAGUGUACAAAGACUUGACGAAAGGGAAGGCAGCACCGAUGGGCGGAGUCGCAUAUCUGAGUUUAGAGGAUAACGAGGAACCGUAUCUGGGGGGUCUCAAAUACCACGCGAUGCCACCAAUGAAGCGCUUCCGAGACAUGGAGCAGCUGUCUGGUGGAGAGAAGACGAUUGCGGCACUGGCGCUGCUGUUUGCCAUCCACAGCUACCAGCCUGCGCCGUUUUUCGUGCUGGACGAAGUAGACGCUGCCCUGGACAACACGAACGUGGCCAAGAUCGCGAACUACAUCACCAGCCAUGCCUCAGACGCGUUCCAGUUCAUCGUCAUCAGUCUAAAGGGAUCUUUAUACGAGCGGGGCAACUCGUUGGUCGGGAUCUACCGUGACCAGGAUGUGAACAGCUCGAGGACGUUGACGCUCGAUCUUACGCAAUAUGAUUAAGUGCCCCCCAUGCUUUCUUGCUGCUUUGCUGCUUUUUGUUGUACUUGUACUGUAAUCACUACAUUCCGUGGGUACCUAGACCCCGAAGGAGACUAGGAAACUAGUCACCCAUAACCCCUUGAGCGUGACUACGCAUGUAGACAUCAUAGUGAUUACCGGUGGCUACAUGUGACCAAGUGGGGUCGAGAGAGAUCGGUCACUGAUCGGCCAUCAUUCAGUCUCGGCUAGUCCCCUCUCGCUCCCACGGCACUCUCUGAGCGCAAUUUCGGGCCUGUCCCACCUCUCCCGCCAUUGUGGACAUUCUUAGAUACUACAAAUUUUAUAGAGAGCAUGAAUGCAUUAUUAAAACCGCUUGUAUUUACUGUUACAUGUCUACCGCCCAUUGCGUAUGAGGACCAGGGACGGAAAAAGCUAAAAUGACAUGGUUGCCUGUUUUGAAAACUCGCACACGCACACGGUCCCUUCACACUGGCACCAGCUUGACAACGAGAAUGGAGAUUUUUGAGAUGGCUCAACAACUGCAUUCACUGACUAGUACAGUGUGGAUGAAGGAAAAGUAUGGAGGAGUCAAAAGGGUGGACUGGCGGCAACGUCUCUGGUAGGCACCAGUAGCAGCCAGUAGCCCCAGGGCCGAC